GAACAAAAUUCCCAAAUUAAAUCAAGAGAUAUAAAACCCUAAUAUCCUCCUCCAUUGGGCUUCUAGGGUUUCUGCUGGGAUAUAGGCGAAACAGGGCGGCAGCGAAACCAUCCACAACGACGUCAUCAUGGGUCGGAUGCAUAGUCGAGGUAAGGGCAUAUCAGCUUCAGCUCUGCCAUACAAGAGGACUCCGCCAAGUUGGCUGAAGAUUUCAUCUCAGGAUGUUGACGAAAACAUCUGCAAGUUUGCCAAGAAGGGUAUGACGCCUUCUCAAAUUGGUGUUAUUCUUCGUGAUUCUCAUGGGAUUGCUCAGGUGAAGAGUGUCACUGGAAGCAAGAUUCUGCGGAUACUCAAGGCCCAUGGGCUUGCUCCUGAAAUACCUGAGGACCUAUACCAUCUCAUUAAGAAAGCAGUUGCAAUCCGGAAGCAUCUGGAGAGAAACAGGAAGGACAAGGAUUCAAAGUUUAGGUUGAUCCUUGUGGAGAGCAGGAUCCACAGACUUGCACGCUACUACAAGAAGACAAAGAAGCUUCCACCUGUCUGGAAAUAUGAAUCUACCACAGCCAGCACUCUUGUGGCGUAAGAAAGAAUCUACCUUUGGCAACUGAAGUCUUUUUUGUACUCCGAAUAUUUCUUGGUGAAGAGAAUGACAGUUAUCCACAUCGUUGUUGCACUUUUGCUUUAUUUUUAAUUAAGUAGGAUCUUUUGAAGACCAGAGUUGUUCUUGAAAGAAGACAAUGAAUGUUUGAUGUUUGAAGAGAAUGACAGUUAUCCACAUCGUUGUUGCACUUGUGCUUUAUUUUUAAUUAAGUAGGAUCUUUUGAAGACCAGAGUUAUGUUCUUGAAAGAAAACAAUGAAUGUUUGAUGUUUUGAA